AUGUGGGUUAGGGAAUGGAUUGCCAAAAGAGAAGAAGAGGGAGUUUAUGCAAAAUUGUUAAAAGAACUCGAGUAUCAAGACGUAAGUUCUUAUGAAAAUUUUAUAAGAAUGACCCAUCAGGAUUUUCAGCAUUUGCUGGAACGAAUUGCUCCAAGAAUUAGAAAACAAGAUACUCACCUCAGAAAAUCAAUAUCACCAUCUGAGCGGUUAACUCUGACACUGAGAUUUCUUGCUACUGGUGACAGUUAUCAGUCAUUAAGUUAUUUGUUUCGGAUUCCACCAACAACUAUUUCUCGCAUUGUUCCGGAGGUGUGUGAUGCUCUGUACUUGGAAUUGAAAAAUGAUUAUUUGAAGAUUCCUUGUACAUCAGAGGAGUGGGAAAAUGAAGCAAAGCGAUUUGAUGCUACUUGGAACUUUCCAAAUUGCAUAGGAGCUAUUGAUGGAAAACAUGUGGUAAUGAAGGCACCAGAAGACUCAGGAAGUCUAUAUUAUAAUUACAAGGGGACACUUAGCAUUGUAUUAAUGGCUCUAGUGAAUGCUGAUUACAAAUUUUUGUAUAUAGAAGUAGGUUGUAAUGGGAGAGUGUCAGACGGGGGUGUAUAUGCAAAUUGUUCACUAUCGGCGUGUUUGGAAAACAAGUCAUUGAAUAUACCCGAAGCAAAACCAUUACGUUUCCAGUCAGUUCCGGUGCCAUAUGUCAUUGUUGCCGAUGACGCUUUUCCAUUAAAAACCUACAUUAUGAAACCAUUCCCUUUUAGAGACCAACCUGUUGAAAAUCGCGUUUUUAAUUAUAGACUUUCUCGAGCACGUCGAGUGGUAGAAAAUGCAUUUGGUUUGCUUUCGAUGCGUUUUCGUUUUCUUAGAAAGCCAGUCGAACUAUGCCCUCAGAAAGUAAUAAAGCUAGUUCAAGCUGCUUGUGUGCUACAUAAUUAUCUAAUUGAAAAAAAGUCGACCAAAUAUGUUUCUGAAGGUACUGUAGACAUGGAAAAAAUGGCAGGCUUAUUGAAGGUUGUUGGCGAGAUGACCCACUUCCACAAAAUUCAUUUUAUUCAUUACAACAUACAGGCGCGAGAAAUCCAACAUGCACAGCUAAGCAAGUACGCGAAAAUUUUAGAACGUAUUUUAUGUCCAGAGCAGGUGAACUACCGUGGCAAUAUAAAUAUGUUUGAUUUUUUUAUUUAUUAA